UCGAUCGCAACUUCGCUCUCCCCGGAGAAAGACUAAAAAUGGCGGCGGCGGCGGCGUCCGCUUCGAUGGGCCUGGCUGGAGGCCGAGCGCCGCGGCGGACGGCAGGGAACCGGCUCUCGGGGCUGCUCGAAGCGGAGGAAGAGGACGAAUUUUAUAAGACGACAUACGGGGGCUUCACGGAGGAAUCUGGUGAUGAUGAGUACAAAGGCGACCAAUCGGACAGUGACGACGAAGUAGAUUCCGACUUUGAUAUUGACGAGGGAGAUGAGCCCAGCAGCGAUCAGGAUGACAACGAGCCCAAGAGGAAGCGGAGGGUUGUCACCAAAGCCUACAAGGAACCCAUCAAGAGCCUGAGGCCCAAGAAGGCAGACGCACCUGUAAGCAGCUCCCAGAAAGUGAGAGAGGAAAGGCUGGCCCCAGCCGAGCUCCAGGAUGACCUUGGAGACAGCCGCAAACACAUGCGCCAGUCGACGACCGAACACACGCGGCAGACCUUCCUACGCCUGCAGGAGCGCCAGGUGCAGUCGAAACGCAAAAAGGGGGCGGGCCCCAGCUACGACCGGCCCCUGACCCAGGAGGAGCUGCUGGAAGAGGCCAAGAUCACAGAGGAGCUCAACCUGCGCUCUUUGGAGACGUACGAGCGCUUGGAAGCAGACAAGAAGAGGCAGGUGCAGAAGAAGAGAAAAUGUGUGGGGCCCACCAUCCGCUACUACUCAGGGACCAUGCCCCUCGUGUCCGACCUCAGCUUCAAGGAAGAGAAUGUGGACGUUGAGGGUUUGGACCAGGACAUGCAGCCCCCACCGCUAGAGGCCCCACCAGCAACUUCCACCUUGGCCGCCAAAUGUUCGCGGACCUUCGUCACUUUCAGCGACGACGAGACUUUCGAGCGCGUCUUCCCAAAGUCUCGGGCCCCCAAGCUGCCUGUGAAGGAGGUCUGCCCCGUCACCCACAAGGCUGCCAUCUACCGCGACCCCAUCACCGACAUCCCCUACUCCAACAUCCGGGCCUUCAAGAUCAUCCGCGAGGCCUACAAGAAGUACAUCACAGCCCAUGGCCUGCCCAACGCUGCCACGGCCGCCCUCGGGGCAGGGCCUCCCAUGGCCGACUCCAGUGUCCGAGCCACCAGGCAGAAGAUCAUCAUCAAGCAAAGCGUUCCGAAUACGUAGGGCAUGGGACCUUCCUUGCUGACUCCCCGUCCCGUUUCCACGAAACGGCUGUCCCUAUUACUAUAGCAAACACGACAAAUAAAUAGGCAUGGCAGUAAGAACUGGCCUUCAAGGGAGAAACAGAACCGGGUUAUAAGGUC